AUGACUUCUUUUUUGAUCUCGGGGAUUGUUUGUGCUCUCGGUCUGUCAUCAAGUGUCACUGCUGUUGCGUAUGGUGACUCCGUUCAAAAGUCUGCCACAGAGAAGCAGUUUUCACAGGAGUUUCCAGAGGGAUACAGUUUUUUGAAACAUAUUGGUGGCAAUGGACCGUACUCAGAGAGACGUUCGUUCGGCAUUUCGCGUGACCCACCCGAUAGCUGCGCAGUUGACCAAGUGAUUAUGAUCAAGCGCCACGGUGAACGUUACCCCUUAGCAUCAACGGGUGAAUCAAUCGAGUCCAGCCUUGCAAAGCUCUAUGGUGCUGGUGUCACUGAAUGGAAGGGUGAUCUAGCCUUCCUGGACGAGUGGAAAUAUUAUGUCUCCAAUAAGUGCUGGUAUGAAGCCGAGACUUACAGCGGUCCUUAUGCUGGUUUGCUCGACGCGUACCACCAUGGUGCCACCUACCGGGACAGAUAUGGGGACCUGUGGAAUGGCGAUGUGACUCCUUUUUUCAGCAGUGGUUAUAGUCGUGUUAUUAACACUGCUCGAAAGUUUGGUGAGGGCUUCUUCGGAUACAAUUAUUCGACUGACGCUGCUUUGAACAUUAUCUCCGAGUCUGAAUCUCUGGGUGCCAACAGUUUGACUCCAGUUUGUUAUAAUGAUAAUGACACGGCUACAUGCGAUAAUCUCCCUAGUACUAUGCCAAUAUUCAAAAUUGCCGCAGCCCGAUUAAAUGCUCAGAACUCAGGCCUCAACCUCAACGAGACUGACAUAUACAACUUGAUGACCAUGGCUUCUUUUGAAUUGAAUACCCGUGCCUUUUCCGAUUGGAUCAAUGUGUUCACUCAAGAUGAAUGGGUCGCUUUUGGCUACUUGGGUGACUUAUACUAUUACUACUGUGCUGGACCCGGCGACAAGAAUAUGGCUGCUGUUGGGGCUGUCUACAUCAAUGCGACUCUGAGUCUCCUCAAUGAGGGUCCUGAGAAAGUAGGGCCUCUAAUUUUCAACUUCGCCCACGACACCGACAUUACCCCAAUUGUUGCAGCUCUCGGCAUUCUCAUUCCCAGCGAAGAUUUACCUCUAGAUCGAAUUCCCUUCGGAAACCCUUACUCAAUUGGUGACAUCGUUCCCAUGGGCGGACAUCUCACUAUUGAACGUCUUAGCUGUAAUGCUACUGCCAUGUCCGAGAAGGGUACCUACGUACGCUUGGUACUCAAUGAAGCCGUUGUGCCAUUCAACAAAUGCCAGUCUGGCCCUGGCUAUUCUUGUUCUCUUGAUGACUAUACUUCCACCUUGAAGGAAGAACUUCCCGACUACCUGACUACCUGCAAAGUUCCAAAGUCAUAUCCACAGUACCUCGACUUUUGGUGGAACGCCAAUACCACCACUCACUUGAAUUACCAGCAAGGGCCGAUUGGCUGCCAAGAGGGUUAUACCAUGUCAUAA